CAGACCCAUUUAUACGUUGAAGUUUGUACGAUGAACAUCAUCAGCCAGUCUCGUUAGGCGAAUGCAUCAGAGACAGUGAGUGUUUUGUGAACGUGAACACACCGAAUGAAGCAAUAAAUAACAUAGACGAAAUUUUGUUGGUUGAUUUGCUUUAAUAAUUUGGAACAUUUUAAAUGAUGAAAACAAAUGUGAUUCAAUUAAAAUUGAACGAGCGAUCGAGUGCAAUUGGUCCAUGAGUUAUGUGCAUUUUACCUUUAGUUUAACAAAAAAACAAUUCAACUAAAUUAAAAGUCGACAGAAACAACAAAAAAGAUUAUUAUAAAUAGUUUCUUUUCGGUUUGGUACAGAGAAGAGAAGAAAGAAAAAAAAACUUUACAUUUUAAAAAAAGGACGUCUGGCGCCUGAUUCAGACUACGCGCCAUCAAUUAUAUGUAUGAUUUUAACCGGACGUCGAAUCAACAUCAUCAAAUUUACAAAUUCAAAUUAAAAUAAUAAACUGAAAAACGUUCAGUUCGCUUCUCGGAUUGAUUUUUUUCUUCUUCUCUCAUCAAAUGUGUGUAAUUUGAAUUUUGAAGCGAAUCAGAAAAAAAGAGUUCAAAUUGAAAAGUUUUUCGGGAUUAUUUUGAAUCGGUGGAUUUUGUUUUAUUAUAUUUAAAGAGCACAAACAUUUAUACAACACAUACAUUUCGUGUAUACGCCGUGGAACCAUACAAACAAUUUUACAUUCAUAAACGAAAACAUAUAAAAGUUUUAAAAUUGAUAUGUGCCAAAAUAAACCACUCAAAGAAAGCAAUAAAUAGUCUGCGUAUGUACGGCACAUUCGUGAUUUUUCGAUCGAGAAAAACCAUCAUCAAUCGAAAUGUAAUCUAACAAGUUGAUGUUUGAUAUAUUUAUAUAUUUUGAGUAGUUAAUAAGACAUUGGCUGGAGAAACAAAAAAAAAGUUUUCCUGGACAAGUUGUUUUCGUUGGAGUAUAACUUGUGCUUUUGCGUUCAAUUUUGUCAACACAUCAGCAAUAACGAGUGAAGAUGAUGACGGUCAUUAGCGGCCUCACAACACUGUUACUCAUCGCAACAGUUAUUCCACCAUUUUUAUGUGCUCGUCGGAAAGGGGACUCAAUUAUGGAAAUAAUGAACACGCGUCACAUUGAACGACGCCUGAACGCUUCUCGCGAAGAAAAGCGGGCCCUACUGCAAAAUGAUUUAGAUGAAGAUCCAGUCGACGCAACCGGUACGGAUAUGUACCAAACUCCCGAAGUGUCAAUUGAUUUCAAUCUAAGCCAUCGACGACCAUCGAAUCGUCCCAUGGAUGCCCUGCUCAUGCACUACAACGACACAUAUAUUCCGUACACACCAUCCGUGUCCUCAUUACCCGACACUGACAUUUUAGCCGACCUGCAAUCGUAUCGGGGUGACAAGUUGCUGAAAUCCAGCAAAAAUGCUUUGUUUGUUACGCGAAAGGAAUAUUUGAAAAAGGAUUGGUGCAAAACGGAGCCACUUAUUCAACGGGUGCGCGAAGAUGGAUGCCUUAGUCGGAACAUUAUGAACCGAUUCUGUUACGGUCAAUGCAACUCAUUUUACAUUCCAAAAAGUCCGAAACGAAAUCGAAUGACCCAGCUGAAACGGUUGUACAAUUCGAUAAAUGAACUGGAGCCGGAAGAUUUAACAGAAGCCGCGUUUCGAUCGUGUGCAUUCUGCAAACCAAAGAAAUUGACAUGGAUUACGGUAACGUUGCGGUGUCCGUCUUUAAUACCACAAUUGAGACGAAAGAAAAUUCAAAGAAUAAAACAAUGUAAAUGUAUUGCAGAGCCGCUAAAUUAAGAGUGGCUGAUGGAAAUUGGUCAACAACAAGUAUUUUGAGAUUGAUUUAGUAGGCAGACAAUGAUUCAUAUUAAGUUAAGAAAUAGAAAAUUCCGACUCAUCCUCAAAAUAAUUUUGAGUUUAUUUUGCUUUCCCAGGUAAGUAUAACUUACAUUAUGCGUACUUUAACCUCUUAGCAAGCAUAUGACCAGUAUUAUUAUUAUCGAAUCUAUUACUUCCAU